CUCUUAUUUUCAGUUCUCCUUCCCCCCUCACAGCAGACACUUGUUUACCACCCUCAGUAAUAUUUCAAAUUCUCCCAAUCCCUCCUCUCCGCCCUUUUCACCCAAUCUCCUUAUCAACAUGAGAACUUUGCUCCAGACUAUACUGGUCGCCUUCUUUCUUGCAUCCCCUAUCUACUCUAUUCCCAACCCUGUGCCGGGUGCUGAACCCAAUGCUGUAGCAGAUGCUACUGCUGAAGCUGACCCAGACGCUACAGCUGAUCCUGAAUACUAUGGCGGGGGAGAGCACUGCAGUACAGUGUAUGAAGAUUUUUGCACACCUGUAACAGAGCAGAACUGCCAAACCAAAUAUAAGGAUGUGUGCAUAGCAGUUAAAGAGCAACAUUGUACUCCAGUCAAUGAUCAGCGCUGUUUUCAGUAUGAAACUCUAAAAUGCAGGGAAGUUGGUGCUGAAGUGUGUGGAACUAUCCAAAUACAAAACUGCACCCAACAUGCUUUGCAAAUAGCAGAAACAACAUGUACUGUGGGAGAGGAGGAAGUGUGCACUAACGUCCCAGAUGUUGCUUGUCAUACCGGUUCCUCUCCUCAGUGUACAACAGUACAGGAUUUGAAUUGUGUAGAUGUUGCUGAAGAGAUCUGCUCCACAGUAGUGGAUGUUGUGUAUCAGGACCAGUGUGUUACAGUAAACAAUGUGCAGUGUGCUAACGUCGGGAUUGAACAGUGUAACAACUAUGAUUCCCAAAUCUGUAAACCUAUUCAUGUUGAUCAAUGCCAUGAUGUUUACAAAGAUGAAUGCACUACGGUUUAUGAAAAAUCUUGUCAAGGUUACCAUUGUCAGGAUGUCCCAAGACAAAAAUGCCACAAGGUGCCCUCCAAGCAAUGCCAUAGCGUUCCUCAGCAGCAUUGUGAAAAUGUUCCAAAACGUGCAUGUCAGACUUUUCCUUCACAAAAAUGUAGUUCCACUCCCCAGCAGCAAUGCAUCAAGGUUCCAGUUAUUAAGACCAACAAUGUCUGUCGUAAGAUCUAUGUUCCAAAGUGUAGCAGUUUACCUCGAGAACAGUGCAUAAAUGUUGGCAGCCAGUCAUGCAAUGUGGGUCAACGUAAAGAAUGCAUUCAUGUACCAAGAGUUGGUUGUUCUUCCCAUCCAAGAAGCAUUCCCACCACCUCAUGCUAUCCUGUUCAUGUGGAACAAUGUUUAAAUGUACCUAGGAUGGAAUGUGCACCAUACGCUGAACAGGCAUGUGUUGAUGUUCCUGGCCUUAAGUGUACAACAGUGGCUAACCAGCAAUGCUUCCAGGUACCAGAGCAGCAGUGUUCUCCUGUUCAUAGGGAACAGUGCCAGAAAGUACCUAAGCAGAAAUGUUUGGGACAUGCUAGCAAUGGAGGACAAAGUGGGAACCAAGGACAUGGUGCCAUCCUUGGACAUGGUUCCAUCCUUGGACAUGGUGGAAAUGGAGGCCAUGGAGGAUUUGGGGUACAGGGAGGGCACGGUGGACAAGUUGGUUAUGGUGACCAAGGUGGACAAGCUGGAAAUGCUCACACAGCACAUCUUCCUGGAUACCAACCUCCUCAUGGUGCUCUAGGACAAGAUGCUCAUUUUGGAGAAGGUGAUGGUGGAGCAAACCAAGGAUACCAGGGCCAAUUCUCAGGAGGACCUGGAGAUCACAUUGAACCUGGUCCAGGCUUCGAUGGACAUUUCCAAGGAGUUCCUGCAGUUCAUGAUGAACAUGAGGCUGGCUACUCCCCCUAUGGAAAGUAGUUUUAGUGCAUAGUUUUACUUUUUGUUGGAUUGUUAUUAAAUUUAAAACUUGCAGAUUGCUUUACUUCUGUUGCUUAUUUAUUAUUGUAUUUAUUCUUGUAAAAUUGGACCUACAUAGUACAGAAUUUUAUUUGUUGGAAUAAAUAAAAGUAUUUAAGGACUA